UGCUUUUCCUUUGGGCCAAGCUUCCCCAGGAAGAGACAGGACUCUCAGUCAUUUCAGCCCCAGUGGGAAGAAGUUCCGCAGCAAGCCGCAGCUGGCACGGUACCUGGGCAGCUCCAUGGACCUGGGCACCUUCGACUUCCGCACGGGCAAGAUGCUGAUGAACAAAAUGAACAAGAACAGGCAGAGGAUGCGCUACGACUGCUCCAACCAGGCCAAAGGGUUGGCCCUGGCUGCACAGAUGAGACUCUGCUCUCUGCCAUCGCCAGUGCCCUGCACACCAGCACCAUGCCCAUCACUGGGCAGCUCUCUGCAGCUGUGGAGAAGAACCCUGGGGUCUGGCUCAACACCUCCCAGCCUCUCUGCAAAGCCUUCAUGGUGACUGAUGAAGACAUCAGGAAGCAGGAGGAGCUGGUGCAGCAGGUGAGGAAGAGGCUGGAGGAGGCCCUGAUGGCUGACAUGCUGGCCCACGUGGAGGAGAUUGCCAGGGAUGGGGAGCCUCCCUCAGAGAAAGAAGGAGCAGAGGAGGAAGGAGAAGAAGAAGAGGAGGAGGAGGAGCAGGACCAUGACCAGGAGAUGGAAAAUGUAUAGUCCAGGGAGUUCCAUCUAAGAAUUCCCAGUAUAAACCCAUUCAGCAGGGUCAGCACAAGCAUUCACAGAGCCAAGAGUGCACCAUCAGUCCAACUGUACCCCAGAGCCUUUGGAUGGACUUCAGGAAACAUGGAAGCUGAUGGUUCAUUCACUGCAGGGGAGUUCUGCAGAUGGAACUUGACUAAACUCUACUCCCCUUCCUUUUUCUACAGGAGUAGGGUGAUUGGGAAUGCAAAAGUGGGAGGGGAUAAAGAAUAUCAAUGGUGGGAGGGAAAAUCCGAGGAACUGAAUUUGCUGGCUCUUUUUUUUUUGAGGUUUUUUUUUUGGUAUUACUUUUUGUGGGUCAGUGCUGGGUGAUACAUUUUUAAGCUUUUCUAUCAAAGUACUUUUAAUGACCCACAGAAACACUUUUCUCUCUAACCCAAGGGAGGGAGAUGCUGUUUCACUCCUUGGCUACUCUGCUGUGGGCUACCUGUUUGUACCUGACUGUAGGGAGGUCAUUUCAUGUUGUGGAUGGUUCAUUCCAUGUGUGAGUUGCUGUUUCCUCACAAGACCACAUUGGUCUUGCAGGUGUUUGGAAGUGCAGGCUCAGAGCUGAGCUGCCAGUGCCUCUCCCACCUGGGCUGGCUGAGGAGGGGAAGCUGCACUUGAGGACUUGGGCUGCCAGCUCUGGGCAUUUGGCUCUUUGGUUAUUCCACACCACAGUUUGGAUCCAAGCUCUGUGUGUCCAGACAUUUGCCUCCAAGACUCUGUUCACAAUAUACCCAACCUGAGGUAUAUUUUACUUUGGUUUAAGUCCAGUCAGAAGGACUUUCUCAACUGGGGAUGGAAGGAUGACUCAUUUCUGACUGAUAAUGAGGAAAACUUCCUCCUUUUUCUCUUCUGGUGCCAAGAACCUGCCCUCUGUUCCUCAGUGUGGAGGGAAGGGGAUCCAUUCCAACAGGUGUGGCUACACACCUGCUUUUGUGUGCAGUAAUGUUCUGACCUCUUAAAAAAAAAAAAAAAAAGUAAAAGGUUGAUUUUUCUAUAAUUGAUAUCUAAAAAAAGGAAUUUAAAGCUUUUUAUUAAGUAUUGAAUCUUUCUUAUUUGCAUGUGCAGUGAGGUGACCAGCAUUUUGUGUCAACAAUUGGACUGAUGUGAAACCUGCCUUAAUGUGUUUCUAAAUAUUGGGCUUCACCAUGGGUACCUUGAUUGAUCCCUCAGUCUCUUCCAGUACAUCUUUGAGCAUUUUGGGGUAACUUGUGGCUAAAAAUGGAUUUCUCUGGGAAGGGAGACAAGGAGAGGGGAGGAAGAUGAGAGCUGAUAGCUUGGGGAAUGUGUUGACUGGGUUGCAGAAUUAUUUUAGUCUUAGGGUAUCCAUUGCAUAACCGUGCGUGGACGUCUCUGCUGAGAGAACACUACAGGGUGGUGCAUGAAAUACUGUGCCACCAACCAAUUGUAUGAGUUGUUGGUAUCCCAAAACUUGGGGAAGAAAGUAGCUCCCAGAGCCUUUAUUGUGUGAGAAAGAUUAGCAGGGACAGCCAGGGGCCAGGGAAUUGCCUUUGGGAGUAGUGCAGCUUAGUGAUCCCUGAAAAAUAUCCCAUGCCAAAGUGAUUGAUCCUUUAUUCACUCUUUUCUUAAAGGUUUGAAACCACAAAAUUGGUUGAUAUUGCUCAUUUGAGUACUGCAAGGAGACUGAAUUGUACUUUGCUGAUGCUGUGCCAGGUGCUGCUUUGGGGAGCUUUACCUGGCACUGCAGGCAGCCACCAUUAUUUUCCUUUCUGAACAGUCUGUUACAGUUACUACUCUGUAAAUCUGUCCUCUUGUAAGUCAUGGUGUUGAAUUAAAUGUUUCUCACAAAGAAGAGG